AUUUCGACAUCCACCUACAAGAAAAAGAAAAAGAAAAAUCCAAAUGAUGACGACAAUCAUCAUUCAGAAAUGACCGUCGCUACUGCCUCCGUGCUACCCACCGUUUCCGUUAAUCCCUCCGUCUACCACAGGUCUUCUGGCACAAACCACAUCACCCUCACCACCCACCGCCGCCGUCUUUAUCCCGUACGAGUAGCGAAUGACUCUAAAACGACACAAGUAUCUCCUCCUGAUCUUACCAUCGAAAAGUCACAAGGUGACAAGAUUGUGGAUGGCAUGGAAUUCGGUGAACUAUGCAAUGAAUUCGAAUGCAUUAGCAGCCCAGCCGUUGAAGCUACUGCAAGACAACUUGUGCGCGAUAUUUUAGAGCUUCGGGAGGGCAACCGCGCUCUUGGAACGUAUGCUGUUUCAGUUAAAUACAAGGACCCGGUCAGAAGUUUUACGGGCCGUGAUAAAUACAAGAGACAGUUAUGGUCAACUGGUGCACUAAAUAAACCUAAUGUGAGUGUGCAGGACAUGGUGAUGUUGUCUACAAGUUUGUUGAAUAUAAAAUGGACUUUAAAAGGAACUCCUAAAAAUCCAUUAGCUAGUGUAGGUGGGCCCGUGAUUCUCAAAGUCGACUCGCGGUUUACAUUAAACCAAAUUAGUGGUCAAGUUAUCGAGCAAGAAGAAAGUUGGGAUUUAUCUUCAUCAUCAACCAUUGCUCAGGCAUUUUUUUGGGCAUCACGUCGUCUAUUUUCUACAACUGAAUCUGCAAAAGAUUUUUCUGAUACCUUCAAGAAAUUUUCUAGCCGUUUUUCUACAAAAAAGGAAAAUGUGGAUUACUAUCCGGAUCCCUCCGGUGAUCCCACUAAGUUUUUCCAAGCGGAGGAUGACUUUCAAAGGGACGCCAUCCAACUCGCAUUGUUUCUUGCACUUCUGUACUUUUUAGUGCAGUUUCUGAGGACAACCUUGUAAAAUCACACUGUAUGUAUAAUUUCAACUGUGUAAAUGUAUAAAUUCUGCUACCUUAUAUAUGAUUAUAUCUUUCUUGAUAUAUG